AUGCGACCAUUAUUAUCCAUAACAUUGUAUAAUAUAGCUUUAUUUAUUUUUCUUAUCUUAAUUCCGCUAAGCGUCGCACAAUUGGAUUGUGAUAUUUUGGAUCCGGCGUGUCGAGCUAGGUAUAGAAGUGGAACACGGUAUACGGAUGCGCGGAAAAAACUAAAUCAUAAAUGUAAUUAUCAAGAUAUUUGGUUGGUUCCAGGAAGAGCGGAUGCUAGUUGCAGUAAGUUGGAGAUGGCCGGAGAAAAAAAUAUGUGGCCGAAGUAUUCCGGUGGCCGAAAAAUGUCGGGAAUUCGGCCAAAGCCACAAACGCGCUCCAACAAUUAGAAUUUUCGCAACAUUAGAGCGAGUUUGUUGCUUUGGCCGAACUUCCGACAUUUCUCGGCCCCCAAAUCGUUCGGCCACGUGUAUCUUUUCAUUUUUUUCUGAAUUUAUUUUGUUAUAUUCCGAAAAAAAAAGAACCUUGGAAGAGAACCGAAAUGGCCUAGAAAACCAACACUACAGUAGACUUCGCGAAAUUUUGGAGUCUAUUUGAAAAAUGAAAUGCGGAAUUUACACGCUGGCUAUUUGCCAACCAGUUUGAUGUGCAUGUGUCACGUCAUUUUUAGUCUACUGUACGUGAGCGCCAAUUCAAACGGGGGUUCUUUUAUUUUCGGAUUGACAAUAUUCAACUUCAAUUUUGUUGUGAAGUAAGUGCAUUUUUAGUUUUUUAUACCUAAAAAUCCUUUUAAAAAAGUAGUUAUGACGUGCCAAAGUUUCUGAGAAAAAUUCCAAUUUUUCAGCUCGCCCGGGAGCCAAAAGAGUAUUAGACAUCAAUCCAGCUCAAGUACAUAUCAAACCAGAUGUUGUUAGAUUCCCAGGAUGUUUUACACUGGAAAUUAGAAAUGUUAAGGUCAAAGAUUUUCCGGAAGCUCUUGACAACAGUUUUUUCGCAAAAGCUGAAUAUCAAUGGUGGAAUGUCAAAGAUUUUUCGAAUAUGAAAUGUCAAAAUGCUAGUAAUAAUGGUUGUGGAGGACAUGGAAAUAAUUGGUUUGUUUUUGAUUCUCACAAAAAUUCUGAAAUCCAACAAUUUCCAGCUAUUUUUGUGAUGUUUGCGAAUCGUUGACUGAAAUCGAUCAAAAACCCGAGGCUCAAAGUUCAAUUGCAUCACAAUUAAAGGGAAUUAAUUGUCCACAACGACCCGGUUUCUAUACGUUUCGAAAAGAAUUUUGCUUCAAUGAUUGGACCGCUUUUGAUACUGAUGAUGAUUGUCAAAUGGAUUUCUUGCAAGGAGAUCGAAGUGAUUAUAAAAGUGCUUUGGGAAGUUUGCAACAAGUUGGAUAUGUGAGUUUGGAGCCUGUUGGGCUCUUUGGGAACUUUUCAACUUGCAAUCGAGAUUUUUAAUGAAAUAUAUGUUUUCUAGUAGUUUUCUCCCCGCUGAUCACGAUCCCGCUGUCUAAAACUGCAAAUCUCAACUCCUAACAUGAGUUAUGACGUGGCAAAAUUUAGGACUUUACAGAACUCGCCUUCAAAAUUAUUUUUAUGAAAAUCUGGUUGUUCAGGAGGCUCGAUUACAUAAGUAAACUUCAUUUUUUCAAUUUUUGAUCAACUUUGAAAAUUGUUUCAUACAAAAAUCCAGAAGAUUUUUCAAAUAACUUUUUUCACCAAACAAAAAAAAAUUUCAAAGUUGAUCACAAAUUGAAAAAAUGAAGUCGAGCCUCCUGAACAACCAGAUUUUCAUGGAAAUCAUUUUGAAGGCGAGUUCUGACCUUCUAAAGUCCCAAUUUUCCAACUUUGCCACGUCAUAACUCAUGUUAUUAUCGAAAAGUCUCAUCGGUACCACGCGCUCCACCGAAAUAACCACACAACGCAGACCGCGUCGCACCACAACACACACAAAAAAGGGAGGGAAUUGGAAUCGUUCCCUUUCUGCGUGUGUUAUGGCGCGGCGCGGUCUGCGUUGCGUGUUUAUUUCGGUGGAGAGCGUGGUACCGAUGAGAUUUUCGAUAAUAAGAGUUGAGCUUUGAAGUUUUAGACAGGGGGAUCGUGAUCAGCGUGUCGAAAACUACUAGAAAAUAUAUAUUUCAUAAAAAAUAUUGAUUGCAAGUUGAAACAGUUCCCCUGUCAGCCCCAAAUUGAAUUCAAUGAAGAAAAUCUAUCAAAAAUAAUAUUUUUAGGGAAGUGUGAUCGCAAAAAUCCGACUGGCUUUCAAUGCAACCGGACCUGUUUUGAGGAAACGAUUAUUGAAAGAAUCACAAAUCGAAGAAACAGUUGCUAAGUGAGAUUUCUCUUCACAAUCAGUUUUGAAAAAAAAAAUAUUUUUCAGAGAAUUGGAAGAGCGUCGUCGUACUUGGGAUGUAAAUAAUGGACAAUUCGAUAAAUUUAGUCAAUGGUAUAUUGAAUAUCGCAAGAAUUUAUGGCAUAAGUCAGUUUUUUUGAAAAGAAAUUUUUAGAAAUCUAUUUUAAAAAUUUUCAGAGAUGACUAUCUUCCAUGGCUGCUUUAUGAAAAUGAAAUCUCAUGUCUCAAACUAACAUUUGAUGUUUGCGAAAGACCGCCAAGAAGAACAAAUUAUGGCGGGAGAAAUCGAUUUACUUGUGAAAAUUGA